AUGGCUUCGGCCUCCUCCGUGGCCGAGUCGGGCCGCGGCGCCCGGAACCUGCUGCAGUUCCUGCGGCUCGUGGGGCAGCUCAAGAGAGUCCCACGGACUGGCUGGCUGUACAGAAAUGUUGAGAGUCCAGAGAGCGUGUCGGAUCACAUGUACAGAAUGGCAGUUAUGGCUCUGGUGACCACGGAUGAUCAUCUGAACAAAGACAGAUGUGUACGCCUAGCCCUGGUUCACGAUAUGGCAGAAUGCAUCGUUGGGGACAUAGCACCAGCAGAUAACAUCCCCAAAGAAGAAAAACAUAGGCGAGAAGAGGAAGCUAUGAAGCAGCUAACCCAGCUUCUCCCCACGGAUCUCGGAAAGGAGCUCUAUGAACUCUGGGAAGAGUAUGAGACCCAAGCUAGCGCGGAGGCCAAAUUUGUGAAGCAGCUGGACCAGUGUGAGAUGAUCCUUCAGGCUUCUGAGUACGAAGACCUGGAGAACAAGCCCGGGAGGCUGCAGGACUUCUAUGACUCCACGGCAGGAAAGUUCCGUCACCCAGAGAUCAUCCAGCUGGUUUCGGAACUCGAAGCUGAAAGAAACGCUAAGAUUGCUGCUGCUGCUGCCGCCGGUGAGGCGCACUCCUGA